GGCUCAGCCCCCGGCGCGGCGGAGCAGUCGCGGUCGCCCCGUCCCGAGGGCACCGGCGCCGCCCGCCCUCCCUCCGCCAGGCAGCGCAGCCCCCGCGUCCGCCUCCGGCUCGCCGUUCGCCUGUCGCUCCGCGCCCCCUACUCUCGCUCUCUCUCGCUCCCGGGCGAUCUCGGCGGGGCCGCGAUGGAAGAGGAGCGGGCGGGCGAGCAGAUGAGACCGUUGCUCACCACGGGUCACGAUGAAGAAGCUGUUGUAGAUAUGGGCAAAAUCAGCUCUACUAUCAAUACAAAUUUUGAGAAGGAAGAACUAGAGAGCCACAGAGCUGUGUAUAUUGGAGUUCAUGUCCCACUUGGAAAGCCAGGCCGUCGACGGCAUAGACAUCGUGGGCACAGGCAUCACAGAAGGAAAAAAGAAAAAGAAACUGACAGAGAGGAUGGCCGAGAAUCUCCAUCAUAUGACACACCAUCUCAACGGGUGCAGUUUAUCUUGGGUACUGAAGAUGACGAUGAACACAUUCCUCAUGAUCUCUUCACUGAAAUGGAUGAACUUUACUUCAGGGAUGGAGAAGAAUAUGAAUGGAGAGAAACGGCUAG